CUUCGUGUGAUUAUCAACCAUGAAUAUUGCUACGAACCGUCAGCAAUCAAAGUGGUCUGUGGGCCUUUGUGGGAGCGGAGAAGGGAGUACUUGUUGCAUUGCAUGCAUUCUCCCGUGUGUCACUUUCGGACAGAUAGCAGAAGUGGUAGAUGAAGGGCGGAGUUCUUGCAUCGGACAAGGUAUUGUGUAUGGGUUCUUGAUGUUGUUUCAAUGUCACUGGCUGUACGGAUGCGUGUAUAGAGAGAAACUGAGGGAAAAAUACGGUUUACCACCUGAGCCUUGUAAUGACUGUUGCGUUCAUUGCUGCUGCGGACCUUGUGCCUUGUGUCAAGAGCAUGACGAGCUCACUGCCAGGGGCUUGGACCCUUCUAAAGGUUGGAUUGGUCCUCCGAACGCUCCUCCUCAAAUGCCUCCUUCCAUGCAUAGAUAAGACCUUAUCGUUACAUCUGAUCCAGUUCGCAGGCUUGGCCCACUCUAAG